CAGGUCAUUGGCGCCGUGCGUAACAAGACGCGAGCAGCCGAGGUCGUAAAGCAUAUUGAGAAACUGUAUGGCAAGGUCAUCCAGAUGGACAUGACUAAGUCCAAGCCCAGAAUGUAGGAAAAUAUCAAGACCGCAAAGGCCAUAUACGGCAAGAUGGACAUUUUAGUGGAAAAUGCAGGCUAUUACUGCAGGGUCAAGGCCUACAAAACUUCGCAUCAAGCCAGAAGUAGCCAUCAGACAAAAAACAAAACAUCUCUUUUUGGCCUCCGCAUAAAUCUCCAACUUCCACGGCCCCCUAUACGCGAUGCAUGCCGUGAUUCCUGGCAUGCGCUCUUGGAAAUCUGGCACCAUCGUCAACGUCAGCAAUAUCGAAGGCCAAGACGGAGUCCCGAAAGCGGCUUUUAUACAACAAGAAAGUUCGCGCUCGAGGGUCUUAGUCAGUCCAUGGCGCGCGAGGUCGCCAAGUUUGGCUUCUCAGUUCUCAUCGUCGAGUCGGCAGCUUCCCGCGCAAAUUUUCUUGGGCCAUUGGUGCAUAAAGAAAGGGUCUGUGUGAGGUGUUGAGGAUAGGGUCGUUUUGGAAUGCGUUGCAGCGUUUCAGCGUUUCCGCGAUGCGAAUGGUGCGCAGAAGGGGGUCCGGCGAAGGCGGUAGAUCCUGUUUUUGAAGUGGUUAGAGGGGAGAUGGUCGCUGGAGCUUUUUAGGGGACGAUUUUGCAAUUGCAAUUGGGGAAGCAUUGACUUGCUAAGACUCAAG